GAGGCCGACGGCGUGUCCGUGAAUCCGCUGGCCUACCUCGACCUUUCGGGAAGCGGCCUCGCGGAGCUCCCGGACGCCGUCGGCUGCCUCUGGGCCCUCGACGCGCUGAGCGUCCGCAACAACCGGCUGGCGGCGCUCCCCGCGGCCGUCGGUGAACUCGCGCUGCUGCGGAACCUCUUCGCGGACGGCAACGCGCUCGAGGCGCUACCGGUGGAACUCGCGCAACUCCGACGCCUCGAGGCGCUCACGCUCAACGAGAACCGGUUGGCGAGCCUCGAGGGCACGCUCAUCGUCAACUCGAACCGCCUCGCCGCGCUGCCCGCGAACGCCUUUCCGCGGCUCCGCCUGCUCACGGCCGACGAGAACGAGAUCCGCGAGCUCCCCGGCGAGCUCUGCGCCACCUCGACGCUCGAGGCGCUCCAUUUAAACAGCAACCGCCUGCGGUCCCUGCCGGCGGCCGUCGGCGAUUUGACGAACCUCGCGACGCUGAACCUCGAGUACAACGACCUCGAGGCGCUCCCGGCGAGACUGCCCCCGAACCUGCGCCUGCUGAAGCUCUCGUACAACGACCUCUCGACGCUGCCGCCGGACCUCGCGAAUCUACGGUACCUCAAGGGGCUCUUCCUUCUCGGCAAUCCGAAGCUC